CCGGUCAACUGUCCCUUGUUGUUGUUGUUGCUUUGGUCCAGUCUCCUCCUACUUUAGCUUCGUUGAAAUUUGUUGGGAAAAGCGCCAAAUGCCCACAAUCCACAAACCCAACGCCACUCGCAUUCAAACCAAUGCUAAAAUCACUAACAAAUUCCCUGAUCUCCCUUCCCUUUUCACUGCCAAGCUAGCCCAUGCCGCCCCCGCCGCCGCCAUGACCAAGCUUUGCCGGAGACUCGUCCGGUGGAGACUCCUUGAACGUGUCUCCCUUGUCCGCCACUUCUUCCGCCUCAUCUGGGACAGGGUUUUUGCUUGUUCUUCUGGAAGAACCCCUAAAAAAUACCGCCGCCUCUCCUCCCGCUCUCCACCUCCCGCCACGGACUGUGGGCCUACCACCAGCGGUGCCUUUGAUUCCGAUUCCGAUUUCGACUCUGCUGAUUUGGUUUCUCUCAAGGUUAGCCUCUUGGGAGAUUGCCAGAUUGGGAAAACAAGCUUCGUGAUCAAGUAUGUGGGCGAUGAGCAGGAGAGAAAUAGCUUACAGAUGAGUGGAAUAAACCUAAUGAACAAAACGUUAAGCAUCCAAAAUGCUUUGAUUUCGUUCUCUAUAUGGGAUGUUAAAGGUGACAGCAGUUCACAAGAUCAACUUCCAUUGGCCUGCAAAGAUGCAGUCGCAAUCUUGUUCAUGUUCGAUCUCACAAGUCGACGAACUCUAAACAGUGUUGUUGAUUGGUAUACAGAAGCUAGGAAAUGGAACCAGACAGCCAUUCCCAUUUUGAUAGGAACCAAAUUUGACGACUUUGUUCGACUCCCUCCAGAUUUGCAGUGGACAAUCGUUAGUCAGGCAAGAGCUUAUGCAAGAGUUAUGAAGGCUACUCUAUUCUUCUCGAGCUCCAUUCACAACAUCAAUGUCAACAAGAUUUUCAAGUUCAUUGCUGCCAAGCUCUUCGACAUCCCGUGGUGCAUUGAGCGGAACCUCACCGUCGGAGAGCCAAUCAUUGACUUCUAACUUUCGUUACACUCAACCUGAUUCUGAUGUACAUACAAUACGAAAGAAAAACACGAAAGAAAGAAUGAAAGAAAGAAAACGAAGAAAGUAGAAUGAGAAUUUUUUUUCCCUAUCUUUUUCCCUUGCAGGUUGAUUGAUCAUCUGUUUGGGAUUUGUUAUCUGAAAUCUUAUUUGUAACUCUUUUUUCUUUGAUCCAAAAUGAACGGAUUCUUACUUCAAGGAAUAGAAGGAAAAGAAAAAGAGAGAAUCGAUCGGAUUCCUUUUUACUCAAUGACA